GGCGCCUUGAGUAGGAGGCGCGCCUUUGGGGACUCUGAGAGCGCGGGCAGAGGCGGUGUGCCUAGAGAUGCCCCGCAGCAGUAGCUGUAGUGGCCGGAAGAUGCAGAAGCUGUGUCUUGAGAAAAUCACUAACCUGGCUUAGUGUUAAUGUGGCCAACAAGUAGCACAGGUCAUUGAGAGCAUUCUGACUGCACAACCUGAACAUGUGGUCUAGAAAAAGAAAUUGGGAUGUAGAAUACCCAUCCUUUCCAAGAGGGAGUUCACUGAAAUUCGGAAGAGCAAGUCUCAGGACAGUGGGGGCAACUGCUUCCCUCUCUGAAGCAUGGCUCAGAUGUGGAGAAGGAUUUCAGGACACUUCUGGGACUCUGUCAUUAACAGCUGAAAAGAAGAUUGUUACAGAAAAGCACCUCGAAUUAUCCCCUAGACCCAAGAAAGAAACUACUGCAUCUAAGAGUACCAGUGAGCUUAUAGAUAUAACAUGGAGUUCCAGUGAAAGUGAUCUGUCAGAAGAGGAUAGAACACUUUUUAAACCACAGAGACAUAAUGGACACGGUUCUAGAAUAGACAGGUUUUGUAACAGGAACAGGAAUAUUUUAUGUCCGGAAGAUGGGGCCAGUGAAGAUGAACUGCAGUUUAUUGACUGGGAGAUUGACAGUGACAGGGAAGAUACUAGUGAGUAUAAUGAAUUUGAAGACAGUGAGAGUGUUGUGGAAAUAUCAGACUGUGCUUCUUGUUCAAGCAAUCAUUCUUCGACUAGUGAAGAGAAGAGGCUCUCUGAGCUUGUGAAGAGCUCUACAGAAAUUUCGGAAUAUUCAUCAGAUAGUGAAAAGGAAGAUGACUCAGAGAAUGUCGUGUUCAUUGAUUCAGAAUCCUCUCCCAAAUACCACAUGGAUUUUGGAUUUCAUGAUAGACAGAUGAUGGAGAGACCUAUAAAGGAGAGGGUGAAAUCUGCAGAGACUGUUUUGAACACACCUCAGAAACAGACGUUUCCCAGCACUCCAGGAGCAUCAGUAAACAAGAAGAAGCUUCUAAGGGGCAGGCUAGCAGAAAGACUAAAUGGCCUGCAGAAUCGAGAGAGAUCGGCCAUUUCUUUGUGGAGACAUCAGUGUGUUUCUUACCAAAAGACACUUUCAGGUGGAAAAUCUGGUGCAUUAAUUGUGAAAAUUCUAGAGCUGCAUGAGGAAUGCACCAUCCAAGUUGCCAUGUGUGAGCAUUUAGCAGGGCUGCAGGCCAACAGCCCUUCUCGAGGUAAAGCCCCCAGGACUGGCCUGAAGGUUCUGUUCACCAAGGAGACUGCUCGCCACCUCAGGGGACAUCCCCAGGACAUCAUCCAUAUCUACCCUCCCUGGCAAAAGCUUAUUAUCCCAAAUGGAAGUUGCCCUGUUAUUCUGAAUACUUAUUUUUGUCAGAAAGUUGUUGCCAAAGAAGAUUCAAAAAGAAUACAUGAAGUGCACUGUUGGGACACAUCCCUUCCAAGAAGAAGUAUCAGUUUGGCUCAAAUAUUUAGACUGAAGAAUCUAACAAAUAAAUCACCUGAAAGCCAGGUUAUGUGUAGUGGUCUCACUACCAUGAGGACAGACUGCAACCACGGACAUGAGGAAGCCAAACAGUGCUUCCCAGCCCAAGCUCCCCUGACGCAUUCUCUUCUGGAUGCAGUGGAAAGCCAGGGAGCUGCCACAUGGUCAGGAGUUGGGGUCCGAGUGGUGGUACAGAGAGUUUACUACCUUCCCUGCGGAUAUCAGCAGGGAGUUGGUUCAGCUGCUCUACUUGGCUCAGACCCACCUAGAGUUCGAUUCAUUUUCUGCUUUAUCUCUGAAGAUUCAAUUCAACAGAUUUACUUGAGUACCUUCUUUAGAGUCUGCCUUCUCGUGCAAGAUGCCUAUGGAAUGUUCAGUGAAGUACACUCUGAGGGUGCCAUCUUGAAGGACCAACAGUUGGAAGGGAAGUCCUGCAGCCUUAUGGGAAUGAAGGUUCUACAGAAGGCCACCAGAGGAAGGACAGCAGGGCUUUUCAGUUUGAUCGAUACAAUGUGGCCUCCAGUGAUGCCUCUGAAAGCCCCUGGCCAUGGCCGAGCCUGUGAAGUGCAGGUAGAAACUCAUGUGCCUCCUCCUAGCUUCUGUUACAUCCUCACAGCUCAUCCAAAUGUGGGGCAAAUUGAUAUAAUUGAAGACCCCAUCUGUAAGCUUUACCAGCCUCCAGUUCCCCGCUUCCUAAGAGAAAUUGUCCAGACUAAUGAUCUUAGUACCCGUUGCAGUUUCUAUGCCAGAGUGAUUUAUCAAAGACCACAGCAAAGGGAGAUUUGGCUGAUGGUGACUGAUGUCACCCUGCAGAUGCAGGAUGAGAAUAACUCUGGUCUCCCCAAAACCGUGACAGUCUGUGUGGCCCCCUCAUGUGUGUUGAGCCAGGAAGUCCUGGAAGCGCUCACUGGGGCUGUCUCUCACAGCUUUCUCUUCAGGGACACUCUCCGAGCCCAGGGUCGGAUUGUUUGUGUUGAACGAAGUGUCCUCUUGCUUCAAAAGCCCCUUUUGGGUAUGGACUCCAGUGCUCGCUCCUGUGAACUGACUGGCCCUGUGAAGCUCAAUGAACUGGAUUCUGUCACUCAGGUCAACUCCAUUUGCAGCAUUCAAGCCGUCCUGACAGGCACUGUGGUUGGUGUGGAUGGCAGCACUGCUUUCUCAUGGCCCACUUGUGACCUGUGUGGCAAUGAGAGAUUGGAACAGAGCCCAGGAGACAGAGGCACCUUUUCCUGUGGGGACUGCUCCCGUGUGGUCACCUCUCCUCUUCUCAGAAGGCAUCUGCAGGUGUUCCUGGACUGUCCCUCUCGACCCCAGUGCACAGUGAGGGUCAAGCUGUCCCAGACCAGUAUUUCUUCACUCCUGAGGUUUGCCGCCUGCGAGGAUGGGAGUUAUGAAGUGAAGAGUGUCCUCGGAAAGGAGGUGGGGUUGUUGAAUUGUUUUGUCCGGUCUGUAACCACCCACCCAGCUAGCUGCGUUGGAUUGGAGGAAAUUGAGCUCCUGAGUGCAGGAAGAGCCUCUUCGGAACAAUGCCGGUUGCCAUAGGAUCUGUGAACUUUGCGAUGCAGUCACAAUGGUGGUGGAGGUGGUGGUGGCUUGGGGUAGUUAUUUGUUAACUAUGGGCAGAGCAAAUGUAUUGUAUGAUCUUGAAAUGGAACUUGGAUUUUUCUGGGGCAAACGUUAGUAAGAUGAUUUUGUAUACUAAACAUCAAAGUACUUUUUUCUAGUUCUAUUUUUACCUUUUUGCAAAUUUAGGAACGUUAUUAAAACUUAAAUAAGCCUAAGGUCUUCAUUUGGUAUUUCAUCUUAGGCAAUAAUAUUAAAACGGCAAGAAAAAAAUUUUGUUCACUUGUAAUUUUUAAGUUUAAUUUUACCAUUCAACAUGUUUUUCUUGGUAGUUUAGUUAUUUAACACUGUCCCAAAGAGUACCCUGCACAGCUGAAACAUUUGUCCGAAGGUGUAGUGUUACUGUUCUACUACACUACACGUGUCCAACUUAAGCAUUUUGCCGUUUUAAUAUUUUUGGGAAAAUGUUCUGGGGAACUGUGUCAGAGGUAGAACUGUUACCCAUAAAGUAUAGAUAAGUUACCUGGUGUGAUUAUUGCUAUAAUGCACAGAGGUAUUGAUCGCUCGCUGUAGGUGGGCCUGUUUAAUCCUGCUGGGUACUGUGCAGAGAGCCACGAUUACAGACUCAAGAGAAGUGAUUGGUUAUCUUGCUUUGUUGGCAGAGAUUUAAAUUAACAUAAAAUGAUGAAUAAAUUAUCUUUAGACAAUAAAGAUUUUGCCUCCUUCCUUAUAAAAAUAUAAUUAUGGCAGGCCACGGUUAAUUACAUAAUAUGACCUAGCAGCGCAGAGCAAGAAAGGGCGCCUAGUACCCACUUGAACUGGGAGAAGGCAAACGGCUGUAUUUGUCCUGAUUAACCUUUGAAACAUUACAAUGACUGUCAAGAUGGCCAGUUUUGAGUAGUUUUUUGACCGUCCUUUGCGUCUACUACAGACUGUUUCUUGUUUAUACCCACUUGGAAAAUGGAUUCGAAGCAGUACAUAAGACUGAAGAAAGUGAAAGCAAAGUCCCAUGAAAGCCAAAGAUGAGUCAGACGUGUUUCGGAUAAUCGGAGCCCUCCACUAGCCCCUCACCCCUCGAGCCCCUCAGCUCUUCUUCACAGGCCCCGUAAAGCCGCUGCAGGGCCGGGAGGCCAGCCAGCCCCUUCUCCAGGCCCGGCUGCUUGUUUGGGAGCGCCUUCCACCACAAAGCUGCUAGCUGGACAUGAGCUUAGUCGUGCUUCGCAGAUCUUAGGCAAGUAUACAACAUUUGGAGGUACGCCAUGGCAGGUUUCAAACGCAAAGCAGACCCCCUCUUUUAAGGAACUUGGUUCUCCCUCAUGGACACACACCUGGGUCCCGCCGCCUCCCCGGGGCCUUGCUGCGUGUCUGGCACUGGAAUGUGCCCUCCCCAGCGAGGUGCUGGGGUUACCAGCGUUCAGGAGUCACCGUGAAUACAGGAAUCGGGGUGGUUUUAAAUGCUGCUUUAUUCUUACAAAUACUGUAAAAAUUAAUAUAAAAAAGUGAGCAUGCUCAGUCUUUUCCUCUUAUCUACAAUACAAAGGGUUCGUCUGAAAAGUCUUUUUUCUUAUAAAUGUACCUUAGCUGCAU